AUGAGUGCUGAUAUGUUGUAUGGUGGAGAUGACAUAGGAGCUUUGGUUUUUGAUGUGGGGCAUUAUUCCUUGCGAGUGGGUCAUGCUCAAGAUAGUACUCCGAAAGCAGAAAUUCCUGCAGUUGUUGGGAUAUCUGAAGAAACAGAAUCAUUUCCAUGCUUUGAUGAAGAUGAAAAAUGGCUUGAUGGAAAGCAAAAUCCUUUUGAUAACAAUGGAAAGAAAUAUUACGUUGACACUAAUUUCGUACACGUUGCAAAAGAAAGAAUGGAAUUGUUGAGAUACAUGAAAGAUGGGAUGAUUCAUGAUUGGGAUCUAUUCGAAAAGGUGUUGGAUUAUGCAUACGAAAGAGUUAUACAAUCAGAACCCCAUUUUCAUCCUGUCCUUAUGUCAGAAGCAUCAUGGAAUGAGGCCGAAAAAAGGGAAAAACUUACUGAAAUUAUGUUUGAAAAGUACAACGUACCUGCAUUCUUUCUAGCGAAAAAUUCUGUACUUGCUGCUUUUGCAAACGGUCGUACUACAGGAAUAGUUGUGGACAGCGGUGCAACACAUACAUCGGCAGUACCUGUUGAAGACGGUUUUGUGCUCAAAAAAGCCAUAGUGCGGUCGCCUAUUGGAGGAGAUUACAUUACUUCACUUUGUGAAACAUUUCUAAAGGAGAAGGUUGGCGUCCAGAUUAUACCGUCGUAUCUCAUCUCUACAAAAGAAACUGUAAAAGAACGCGAGAAACCACUAUGGACUCGCAAGAAACACGUACCGGAAGUCACAUCUUCCUGGCAUGAAUAUAUGGAAUUCAAGGUGGUGCAAGACUUCCAGAUGAGCGUCCUGCAGGUGUGUGAGACGCCCUUCGACGCGAGAGUGGUGGCGACGGUGCCCGCCGCGCACUACGAGUUCCCGGACGGAUACCAUCAGGAGUUCGGCGCGGAGCGCUUCAGCAUUGCGGAGGCGCUGUUCGCGCCGGGCGCCGUCCCCGCCCCCGCCCUCGCCCUGGCCCCC